GGUUUUCGCAUCUUUCAUAUUCACUUACGAAUAACAAAUUGUGUUUAAAUAUCUUAAAAAAUUGCUUCGAAUACAUUUUAAGAGAUUAAAUAAAAUCAUACCAAAAAAAUGGGAAAUACAGCUUCAACAAUGACUCCAGCAGUCGAAUCAAUAAAUCCACCUUCAGAAGUCAAACAAGCUGCUCCAGAAGAAAAGAAGAAAUGUAAAGCAUGUUGUGCUUGUCCAGAAACCAAAAAAAUCAGAGAUGAAUGCAUUAUGGAAAAAGGUGAAGAAAAUUGCGGCGAUUUAAUCGAGAAGCAUAAGCAAUGUAUGAGGGAUCUUGGAUUUAAAAUUUAAGAAAUUGAAGGAAUAAUAUUGAAUGUAAUGGCUAUUUAUUGGCACUGAACCUUAGAAGAUUUCAAGUUUAUGAGGAAAUGACUUUUCUCACAUUAUUUGUUGUAAAUAUUUUUAGUCCUUGAGAAAAAGAUUAAAUGAAAAAGUAUCUACUAAUAUAAU